GGUAAUCAACCCCGAGGAGAAGUACAAAUGUCGAUCCGCCACUCUGAAGCCUUGCAGAAAUUGGUGGUGCAGGUGCUAGCGGCUCGGAACCUCCUGCCAUGGGGAAAAGAUGACUUGUGCGACCCAUAUGCGACGGUGAAACUUAUAUCUGUGGAGAACAACAAAGUAUUUUCCAAGCGUAAAACUGGUGUCGUCAAGAACUCAUUAAAUCCUCUCUUCGAUAAUCACUUUGAAUUGGACUUGGAUGCCCAGGACAUACACAACUAUAAACUGCAAAUAUUAGUUAAAGAUGACACCAAUUACGGGGCGUUCGCCAAAAAGCCGGUACUUGGCCAGAUCGAUAUUCGAUUAGCUACCCUGCCCUCGUGUGAACUCCCACAACAAUGGGUCCGGCUCGAACCGGAGCGAAGCUGA